CCCCAUCUAGGGAUAGGAUCCAUUGCUGACACCUCUCUCUCUCUCUCUCAUCGUGAACGUGAAGACAGGGAUCGCGACGAGCGGCACCACCGUCAGUGAUCGAAGAGAAACUUCAACAAAGGAACCUGCCGCUGCCACCUCCAACGUGCAAUUCAACCCUCUUGCAGCCACAAAUUGCCACUCAAAUGGAUUUGGAGACAGAAAACAGAUUAGCUGCCAUGCUCAUGAGGGAAGCAGCAGAAUUACGGCGGCAGUCUGAAAGGGAAGGAGUUCUAGCUUAUCUAAGGAAGCCUAAUAUACAUACCCGGCCAAAUUCACGUUUUCUUACUGCAACUGUACGUGGAGUGCAACAAGCAAAUCGAGCUGUGGAAGUGAAUGAGAUGUGGCGAUUACGGCAAAAAGAACUGGAGCUGGAUAAAUGGGUUAAAGAAAAAUCAAUAGAUAGAAGCCAUAGGGAUGAUAAGUCAUCUAGAGGCACAGGAAGACAUGCUGAUAUUGAUAAUAGCACUAGGACCUCCUCUGCUUCAUGUUCAAGUAAAAGAGAAUAUGAGCUGGAGAGAUGGGUUAAAGACACAUCAAAAGAUAACAGCAGUAGUGAAAGAAGCCAUAGGGAUGGAAACUCAUCAAGAAGCCCAGGAAGACAUGCUGUAGUGGAUAAAAGCACUAUUGCCUAUACUUCAAGCUCAAGUGAAAGAGCCCAUGAGCAUGGUCUGGAAGGUUUAAAGGAUGACGAGCUUGAGGAGUUUCUACACUCAAGGACCAAACGAGGCAGAGGUGCUGUUGGUCCAAGGAUGGAUGAGACUGGACCUUACCUUCCUCAUUCAGACAGGGAGCCUAAUACUAGUCCCGAUGUUAGGGAACGUCGUGUUAUUUACGGUCCAGAGAAGCUGCUGUCGUUGAGACCAUAUAAAUCUUCUGAUGAGGAUGAGCUUCAUGAACAAAGGCGGAAAAAGAGUAAAAAGUCUCAUUCUAAGAACUCAGACAAGGAGCGUUCAAAGAAGCACAGGUCCAAAGAUAAAUCUAAGCAUAAGAAAAAGAAAAGGGAGGAGAAAAGAAGUAAACGUCAUCACUGAGUUUCUUCUGUAACUUGAUAUUCUCAGGUGAAGGGUAUAACUAGCGGAUACAGGCAAUUGGGAUGAAACUCGUGUUUGUACUGUGUAACAUCAAAUGCAACACCAACCAGGUUGGCCAUCUGAUGCAAAAGUAAUUAUUAAUUUCAAUUGACUUGUGUUAAGGAAGAAUAUUUAAGCUAGUUGUUUGCCCACUUAAAAAUUAACUAAAGACUAUCCAUCAUUGCACUUGAUUUGGUUUCUUAAUC